CAUGCUCUGUCUCUCUCUGUCCCAAAAAUAAAUAAAAGUUGAAAAAAAAAAUUAAAAAAAAAAAAAAAAAGAAAUACCAAAAAGAAAGACUGGGAGAUAUAUGGGAUUCGGUGUAGACAUUUGUGUAAUUAGAGUCCUAGAAGAAAAGGAGAGAGAGUGUGUAGCAUAAACAAUAUUUGAAGAGCAAAUAAUCUAAGGAUUUAAAAACUGAUAAAAGACAUAGAGGCACAGAUAAAUACAAAGAAAGUUACAACUAGACCCAUCGUUGUAAAACAGGUAAAAAACAACUAAAGACAAAAACUGUAAAUGAAGUUAGUAUAAAAAAAUAAUAAAACACAUUUUGUUCAGGGGCACAAAAUAAGACAGCCAAAUUUUCAAUAAAAACAAUGGAAGCCAAAAAAUAAUGAAAUGAUAUCUUUAAAAGGCCAAGAGAAAGGAUGUGGCUGGAGUUUGAGGAGCACAGGGCCAGUGACGCUGCAGACCUGAGACCUGAAGCAGCCUAGAGGCAGUGAAAAAUAGCCCUGAACGCCUGCAAUAAAAUAAUGGCCUCUAAUAAGACUACAUUGCAAAAAGUGGGAAAGAAACAGAAAGGAAAGAGUAAAGUAGAAGAGGCAGAGCCGGAAGAAUUUGUGGUGGAGAAAGUAGUAAAUGGGAAGACGGAGUAUUUCCUGAAGUGGAAGGGAUUUACAGAUGUUGACAAUACUUGGGAGCUUGAAGAAAAUUUAGAUUGUCCAGAGUUAAUUGAAGCAUUUCCUAAUUCUCAAAAAGCUGGUAAAGAAAAAGACGGUACAAAAAAAGACUCUCUAUCCGACGGUGAAUCUGAUGAUGGCAAAUCCAAGAAGAAAAGAGAUGCUGCUGAUAAACCAACAGGCUUUGCCAGAGGUCUUGAUCCUGAACAAAUAAUUGGUGCUGCAGACAGCAGUGGAGAAUUCACAUUUCUCAUGAAAUGGAAAAAUUCAGAAGAGGCAGAGUCGGCGUUGGCAAAGGAGGCAAAUAUGAAGCCCACCCAGGCACCCCAAAUUGUAAUUCUUUUUUAUGAAGAGAGAUUAACUUGUCAUUCUUGUCUAGAAGAUGAAGCUCAAUGAUACAUCAUUUGGGGGAGUUGUUAGGGAUUUUUUGCAUCUCUAGCACUGGUUACUUUGAAUAAAUAAAAGCUUUCUAUGGUUGCUUCCUUUAUCAGAAAAGAAUAUGUGAGACCAUGGUAUAUUAUUCCCCUGCAUUAGAGAGCACCUUUCCUUAAUGCUGGGGGAAAUCUUCAUAGUUGGCACUCAACCAGAAUUUGUGUUUAAUUCCUACAUGCCUAAGGACCAUUCUGGGCUUUUUGUUUAUUUGGUUUUUUUUGGUGUGUGUGAGUGUAUACAUAAAAAUACAUACAUAAAUGGUUUUCUUUGUAAAAAAAAAAAAAAAAACAUUCACCCAAACAAAAGCAGAAUUUCAUGACCAUGGAUAAGCCCAGGUUUCUGGGAUGCCAUCAUUUUCAGCAACCUAAGAUAUAAAUCACUUAAAGUAAAUUGAAAUUUUUCCUGAACAGGCCUUAACUUUUAAAAUUUCAUAAUUAAUUGGACAAUUUAAAUAUACCGUAAACAAUUUAAAUUGGGCAAUUUAAAAGUAGCCAUAUCAGAAUCCAUAUCCAUAUCUAUAGUCAUAUAAAUGCAAGAUCCCUGAAAGAAAAUAUAAAUAUAAAUGUCAUAUAAAUGCAAGAUUAUUUGCAAGAUCCCUGAAAGAAAAAUUUUAGCAUUACCAACAACCUCCCCACCCACAUGAGAAAACUAGACAAGUCCUGGUGUGUUUAAAUUAGGUAAGCAAAACUUAGUUACAUGGACAUUUAAAGUUUCCUUCUGGUGAAUCAUUCCUUUGCAAGAGGUUGAAAUCUCUGCGAUAUUGACUAAAAGGUCACAAUUUAUGGAAUGUCUAAGACUUUGUUCAUGGAAACGUAAUCAUAAUCAGAUGGUUAGAAAUGUUGACAGUUUAGCACCUGCUGGAAUAAAUGGAGGGACAAACUUCCGUAUUGUAAAUUCUUGACCUGCAUGUGUUUUCUUUACCUCAGCUCAUUCCUUACAUGCGGGCCCAAUCUUCUCAGUAUUUGAGUUCCUGGUUCAGCAGAAACCAGGAGAAACAAUCAUCAGAAUGUUAUCCAACUAUAUAUUGUUUACUUUAUUGUAAAUAUUGGUAAAUAGUGGUCAAUAGUUUAUAUUCAAAAGGAUAAACAAAAAUCAAAGGCUAAAGGAAAAUAUCUACUAACCUAAAAAUUCUAUACCCAGAGAAAGUAUCGUUCAAAAAAUGAAAGCAAAUCGUUCAAAAAUGAAAGCGAAAAAAAGACAUUACCAGCUAAACAACUGAAGUGAUUUAGAGCUUGCCGACAGACACUAGUGGGAAAACUAGUUUUUCAGGUAGAAGGAAAGAAUUCCAAAUGGAAGCAAGAAGAUGAAGAAGGGGAUAAAGAGCACUGUAAAGAGUAGACAUAUGAGGGAAUCUGAAUUAGUGUUGACUGUCUAAAUAUAUAUGUAUAGAAUAUAUGUUGAAUUCAAGUAUGUAACAAUACACAAAAUGUAAGUGGGAAAAGGAGUUAAAGUAUUCCAAUGUCCUUAUCCAUGAAUUGAAAAAAAAUACUAAUUGGACUUUAAUGAGUCAAGGAUGCAUGUUGUAAUCUUUAGGUCUAGGCUAACCAACAAACGUGAUAAAAGAAUCAAUGACUAGUUCAUAGAAGAGGGAAAUGAAAUAAUAAUAAUAAAUAUUUUAUUCCAAAGAAGUUAAGAAAGGGGAAAAGAAAACAGAACAAUUGUAACAACUAAAAAAUUAAAACAUGGUAGAUUUGGGACA